UACAAUAUAAUGAAAUGAGUCUCCGUCUCAAGUCGUUGAUGGUGUCUUCUUCUUCUCCUCUCAAACUAGUCAAUAAUCAUCGGAUUCUGCAAAACUCUCUGAAAAACUGUUUAGCCACUGAUCGCCACUUUCCUCUUCACUAUGAGUACGAUUUCUUGCGUUUCAUGGAACAACGUGGCGUUCGCGCCAAUUCCCAGACUUAUCUCUACCUUUUGGAAGCCUCUCUCGCUUCUCGCUCCUUCAUACACGUCUCGAAGCUCCAUUGCAGGAUUCUAAAACUGGGGUUCGAUGGAGAAGCUCCAUUGCUUGACAAACUCAUGGAAGUUUAUAUUGCUUUUGGAGAUUUGGAUUCUGCGGUUAAGGUGUUCGACGAAAUGCCUGAGAGAAGUUUAACUUCAUGGAAUAGGAUAAUUCAUGGGUUUGUGGCUAGUACAUUGGUUGCUCAUGUGUUGGGUUUUUAUCAGAAGAUGGUUAUGGAAAAUGCUCAUCCGAAUGAGACCACAUUUGCGGGAGUUUUGAAGGCCUGCGCUAGUUGUAAUGUUGACACCCGCCAUGUCGAACAAGUUCACGCUAGAAUUGUUCGUCAAGGAUUCAGUGCUUCUCCGGUUGUGUGUAAUCCAUUGAUUGAUUUGUAUUCGAAAAGGGGUUCUGUAGAUUCUGCUACAAAGGUCUUCCUUAGCUUGCGUUUGAAGGAUAGUGUUUCUUGGGUGGCAAUGAUUUCCGGGUUGUCUCAAAACGGACGCGAAGAAGAAGCCGUUUCACUCUUCUGUGAAAUGCACUCAUCAGGAACUCCCGCUACUCCAUAUGUGUUCUCAAGCACUUUAAGUGCUUGUACCAAAGUGGAGUUUUUUGGCAUGGGGCAGCAAAUUCAUGGCCUUGUUUUUAAAGGUGGAUUUGCUUCGGAAACCUACGUGUGCAAUGCGCUUUUAACGCUUUAUUCCCGCUUGGGGAAUUUGGUAGCUGCUGAAAAGAUUUUUAGCUCAAUGCAGAACAGGGACGGAGUUUCGUAUAACUCGCUUAUAUCUGGUCUAGCUCAGCGAGGAUAUAGUGUUAAAGCUUUGGAGUUGUUCGAGAAAAUGCAGCUUGACCUUUUAAAACCAGAUUGCGUCACGGUAGCAAGUCUUUUGAGUGCCUGCGCUUUUGUGGGGGCACUCGAGAAAGGAAAACAACUUCACUCGUACGCUAUAAAAUCAGGAAUGUCUUCAGAUAUUAUCCUUGAAGGUUCUCUGCUUGAUCUUUACGUGAAGUGUUCUGAUUUGCGAACUGCACACAAAUUUUUCCUCACAACAAAGAGAGAAAAUGUGGUUCUGUGGAAUGUGAUGCUAGUUGCCUACGGACAAUUGGAGAAUCUCGGAAAAUCAUUCCGGAUUUUUAGGCAGAUGUUGAUAGAGGGUGUUAUUCCUAAUGAUUUCAGUUACCCAAGUAUUUUGAGAACUUGUACUGCGGUUGGAGAGCUUGAUCUAGGAGAGCAGAUUCAUACUCAAGCAAUAAAAACUGGAUUUCAGUUUAAUAUCUAUGUUUGUAGUGUACUUAUUGACAUGUAUGCCAAGCAUGGAAAACUAGAUGUUGCCCUGGGAAUUCUUAGAAGACUAACUGAGGACGAUGUCGUGUCUUGGACUGCUAUGGUUGCAGGGUACACACAGCAUGAUAUGUAUGUUGAAGCUCUGAAACUUUUUGAGGAAUUGGAAUAUCGAGGGAUUCGACCUGACAACAUAGGAUUUGCAAGUGCAAUCACUGCUUGUGCUGGUAUUAAAGCGCUCAAUCAGGGAAGACAGAUUCACGCUCAGUCGUGUGUCUCGGGCUAUUCAAAUGAUCUUUCGAUCAGCAAUGCGCUUGUUAGUCUUUAUGCGAGAUGUGGUAGAAUACAAGACGCUUACCUAGCAUUUGACAACAAUGACGCUAUAGAUAAUAUAUCCUGGAACACGUUAAUAUCCGGGUUUGCACAGAGCGGGUUCUAUGAGGAAGCACUGCAGGUAUAUUCUAGAAUGAACAGUCUCGGAGUUAAGGCUAACUUAUUCACAUUCGGUUCUGCUGUUAGUGCCGUUGCUAAUUUAGCAAAUAUAAAACAAGGGGAACAAAUUCACGCCAUGAUUAUAAAAACUGGGUACAAUUCAGAAACCGAGGCUUCUAAUGUCUUAAUCACGUUGUAUGCAAAAUGUGGAAGAAUUGAUGAUGCCACGAAGGAAUUUUACGAAAUGCCGGAGAAGAAUGAGGUCUCAUGGAAUGCCAUGAUCACUGCCUAUUCUCAACAUGGACUCGGUAUGGAAGCGGUAGAUCUCUUUGAGCAGAUGAAAUGGCACGGUCUGAUGCCAAGCCAUAUCACCUUUGUUGGAGUCUUGUCAGCUUGUAGUCAUGUGGGGCUGGUAAAUGAAGGGCUUGGCUACUUUGAGUCAAUGAGCAAAGAGUAUGGCCUAAUGCCUAAGCCUGAACAUUAUGUUUGUGUUGUCGACCUUCUCGGCCGAGCUGGUUUACUUAGCAAUGCAAAAGACUUUGUAGAGAAAAUGCCUAUAAAACCAGAUGCAAUGGUUUGGAGGACCCUAUUAAGUGCUUGUACAGUUCACAAAAACACGAAAAUUGGAGAGUUUGCUGCUCAUCAUCUACUAGAGUUGGAACCUGAAGAUUCAGCCACUUAUGUUCUUCUGUCGAACAUGUAUGCCGUGGCAGGGAAAUGGGAUUUUCGGGAUCAGACUAGAAGAUUGAUGAAAGAAAGGGGUGUGAAAAAAGAGCCCGGUCAGAGCUGGAUUGAGGUUAAGAACUCGUUUCAUGCCUUCUUUGUUGGCGAUCGGCUUCACCCACUUGCGGAUAAGAUUUACGAGUUUCUAGCAGAUUUGAACACCCGGGCAGGUGAAAUCGGUUAUGUUCAGGAACGUUAUAGCCUGUUGAAUGAAGAUGAACAAGAGCAGAAGGAUCCCACUGCGUAUAUUCACAGCGAGAAACUUGCAAUUGCUUUUGGACUACUUAGCUUAACUAAUAAUAGUAAUAAGCGUCCCAUACGUGUGAUUAAGAAUCUGCGAAUCUGUAAAGAUUGCCAUAAUUGGGUUAAGUACGUAUCAAGAAUCUGUAAUCGAGGUAUUGUAGUACGUGAUGCAUAUCGUUUUCAUCAUUUUGAAGGCGGUUUCUGUUCAUGUAGAGAUUAUUGGUAAGUAAUUCACAU